AAAGCCUCCACGCUUGUCAUUUCCAGGCACACCACUUAAACAGUAGCGCUUCUCUUUCUCUCUCUCUCCUAUCCUCUCGUGCCGUGGUUCUCUCUUUCUAAUUCGUCUCCUACCCACCUUCUCUUUGGUGUAUUGUUUCCUGUUUGACUUUUGCGCAUUGUUCUUAAUCUAUUUUAUUUCUUUCUUUCCUGUCCCUUCCUUCUUGUACUAAGACGCAAGAGGGAUGCUUAUGGUUGCGACUGCUGCGACUUGGUGAGUGAUCGACCGCCCACUUGGUGUAACCUCCGCACUGAGCGCCGUCUCCUCCGCACCUCCUCCUCAACUUGCCUCUCCGGAGGACCUCAACGCUAUAUGGCUCGGAAAUUAAGUCACCAGAGGAUCACAUAUGUGCUACCUCUGCCUGAUGCCCCCGGUGGUCAUCGGCUGGGAGUAAACGGCCUAGAAAUCGACACAGACAACUCCAUCCUGUAUUCCGCUGGUCGCGAUGGUGUCAUCUGCUCAUGGGAUCUAAAUCUAUCGCUGAAGUCAUCGUCCCCUCCCACCUUGGGCGCUUCCAAACCGGCUCCCACGACAUUCCGAAAUCAAGUCCAGGCGCACAGCCACUGGAUCAAUGACAUUGUUCUAACUAAGAACAACUCGGCUCUAGUCUCUGCAUCCUCCGAUACUACUGUACGGCUAUGGCGACCGCAUUCUGAAUGUACAGAAGUCUCGGACCCGAUUGGGAAACAUGCGGAUUACGUCAAAGCUCUGGCCACACCGGGGAGUCAUGCCUCUUGGGUUGCGUCCGGAGGUCUAGAUCACAAAGUCUACCUGUGGGACUUGAAUCGCGGCGGGGAGAUAUUGAAUAUUGACGCCUGCGGAGGGGAUAGCACGGCUAAAGGGUCUGUAUAUGCGCUCGGAGCCGUAUCUUCUGUGAUCGCCAGCGGCGGGCCAGAGAGUGUGGUCAGAGUGUGGGAUCCGAAAUCCGGGAAGCUGAUUACCAAAUUUGUCGGACAUACAGAUAACAUUCGAGACAUUCUGGUAAAUCGGGAUGGGGAUACGAUCAUGACGGCGUCGUCUGACCAAACGGUCAAGAUCUGGUCUCUAACCGCUGGAAGGUGCAUGCACACAUUAACCAUGCACAAUGACAGUGUUUGGUCGCUUUAUUCAAACCACCCUCAGCUAUCCGUCUUUUACUCGAGCGACCGGUCUGGUCUUGUUGCGAAAACUGACACGCGAUAUGCGGCGGACAUUGAGCAAGGUCUCUGUGUCGCAACGUUGCAAGAACACGACGGAGUAGUCAAUGUCGUAGCAGCGGGAGACUACAUCUGGACUGCGACACCAAAAUCUAGUAUUAAUCGUUGGAAUGACGUGGACACCACUGCCGACAUUGAGCCACCGUCAUCAAGGGAGCGAGAAACUGCUUCAGGUACUGAUACCACAACAUCAGAGAACUCAAAGACGACAGAUAGUCGACCGAAGAAGAUUCCGUAUGAGUCUGUUCUUUUGCUCUCGAGUACUUCGACGUUCCCCAAGGCAAGGGUGCCCGAAACUACCCAACCGCACUCGAAUGCAAAUGCGCAGUCACCGUCAUCCGAGAUAGAGGACGAACUGGAGCUUACGCUUCCUGUCCAUGCACUGCCAGAUGAUACAAUCGAGGGCCAGCAUGGAUUGAUCAAGCAUUUUUUCUUGAAUGACAGAAAGCGGACGUUAACGCAGGAUUCUGCUGGUGAAGUGGUUCUUUGGGACCUUCUCAAGUGUGUGCCAAUUCAGUCAUAUGGCAAGCGUCAUAUAGACGAUGUUGCAUCCGAGCUCAACACGACAGAAAGCAUUGCUCACUGGUGCACGAUCGAUAUCCGUACUGGAAGAUUGUCCGUGAUACUGGAACCAGGUCGCUGCUUUGAUGCCGAGGUCUACGCUGAUGAGGCCAACUUGUCAGAUUAUUCACAGAUUCGUGACGACCAAAGAAUCAACCUAGGCAAAUGGAUCUUGCGCUGGCUGUUUGCCCCUCUGAUAGAGGAAGAGCUCAAACGCGAUUCUCAAUAUCGCAGCGCUGCCCUAGCAAAGGCCGAGGAGCUCACAAAACUAAAUCUGUCGAAUACCUCCGCCCCUAUGGAUAUACCAUUUGCGGAUGGGUCACGAAAUCUAGCCGCAUCUUUUGACCCAUCAAUAUCAUCUCUGAGGCUCGGAUACGAAUCUAUUGGUAGCCCCUCGACUCCAGGCUUUGGGAUAGGGUUCGCCAACAGCCCCGGAUCUCUCGCAACCCCAACGCUUAACCCAAAUGCAAGCAAUAAUAGUCACCUCGGCACCUCACCGGGAGAGUUUUCUGACUAUCUCACGUCUCAUCCCACUGCUGAUAUGACAAGGAGCUCUCUGUCGGACAAGUCGAGUGACUAUCUCUCAUCGCCUAGAACCCAUGGCCUACCUCCUUUGGAUACCGAUAAGGCGUUGCCGACACCAGGGGAGCCGACACCAACAGCUCUUCCACAAUCACCGAUGGAGCCUGAUAAAGAGGAGCGGAAAAAGGGCAGCUCUUUGUUUGGGAAGAAGUUUAGAAUGGACUUCCCAAAGAAACUCGGUCGGACUUCAUCGGAAGUGAAGCCCCAGAUUCAAGAGGAAAAGGUGGAGGAGUCCGACAAAUCCUCAGUAAAGGAAGAGAAAGUGUUCGAAAACAACCUAGGCGGCUUCAUUGAGCGCAUCCGUUCUGAAUAUGACGAGCAUCUCUCUGCACACCCGGGGCAAGAGCUGACACCAGCCUUCUCCCCAAGUCAGGAGAAUGAAACACCGGUGCUGAAUAUACCAGACCGUGUUGCAGUACUGAUACAAGAAGAAACGGGAGAAACUGCUGUGGCUUCUGACCUCUAUCGAGGCAGUGUAGGAAGUAUCCGGGAAGAGAUCGAUAAACUGGAGAAAUCGAUUCCUCUGUGGCUUGCUGAUCUGCUACUCAAGAACCAAGUGCCUUUUAAGGAACCCGUCAAGGUCGCUUUUACGUUGAAACCGUAUGAUGAUCUUUUGCCGCCUGUUGUGAAGCCAGAAGUCAAUGUCGCCAAUGGCAACACGACCAACAACCGGCUGAAUGCAAACCGCAUGCUACGAGCGAAGAAGAUCCUUGCGUAUGUGGCCGAGCGAAUCGACUCACCGAACCCUGACGAACCCGAAGAGAAUGCGAUGAAGCCAGAAGAGUACUUGGAACUGUACUGUCACAAAGUGCUGAUACCCCCCAACAUGACUCUGGCGACGAUUCGCACUCAUAUUUGGCGUUCAUCGGGUGAUAUGGUGCUCCAUUACAAAGCAAAUGGAAAGAAGGAAAUUCGAAUGCCCGGCCCUAGUCAAGAGGAUGACAGAGGCAACCAGGAAGCUGGAGCAGAUUCACACCUGCCUGCCGAAGCAGGAGGCAUGUCGCAGGGAGAAGGCGGAAGUGCACCGCCAGGGAGUAUCCAUUCGCAGACAGCCUCUGGGUCGACCUCCGUCUCUAUCCAUAACCCUUGAUUCGAGUGGAGAGCUUUAACUUCUAAUUCUUUGUGACAUUACUUCUGUGUACAGUGCUGGACAUAGUGUGAAUAUCCGCAUGGACGUAAAGGAUCGUAUGUAUAUAUGCUGCUGAUAGCAGCCACAAUCAGGACAAUAACACUGUGUUUGAAAUUAAAUUCUAGUUGUAGAAGCUGGGGAACUAUGGACCGUAGUCAUGUCAUGGUCGAGGUCGAUAUAAAAGAUCGCCGGAGCGGAUCAUCCGUGCCAAGACCCAAAACACUUGCCAUUUAUCC